AGGAGUGCGACUGUAGGGAGCACUUCUCGCGCGGAUGAACGUUGCCGACGCUAAUGUACCCUAAAGCCGACAUGUUCGCAAACGGCACCAAGGAAUACUGGUCCCCCGAGCCUCAGCAGCGGGUGGCAGUGUCCACUACGUCAGGGCCGCAUGCUGUUGUCGUGGAUUCCGGUCCGUCAGUGUUGCUGGCAACGGUGCUCGCAACAGUCGGAGUCCUGGUGGCAGUUGCUCUCGGUUUCGCACUGUACGGUCGACGUCGAAGACGACGGCAAGCGACGAGCAUCGCGGGGGCGGCGGGUAAAGGUCCUUACGACACCCUAGCCACCAACGAGGAGGCGUCGUCGUCCUGCAGGUCAUCGUCGGCCAGACUGAGCAUACGUUCGGCGGAUCCCAUCUUUUACGGAUGCCUAGCCCAAGACCGUCCCAUCGAUUUCGUGGUUCCUGGCCUCUGCUCUUCUUCCACGCACCUUGUAACUACUACGGGACCGAGUCCGGAACCCGGCGAAGCAUCUUCUUCUCUACCACCGUCUCCCACGGAGGGCAUCCUUCCACACAGACACAGGCACUCGUUCGCUGGUGCUACGGGCACCAACGCAUUGGCUUAUGGCACCACAUCCCUGCUAGGGGGUCUAAACCCGGAGCUGUACAAGCCAGGCUCCAUGAGCAGCAUCGGAAGCGGGGGUUCAGGAGGGACGAACGGCGUCUGGGGCGACGACGGAGAGGAACGCUGUUUCCCGGAAUCCCACCGUGGUCGGCUCUGGUUCGGCAUCGAGUACGACAGCGGCGGGGAGAGACUGGUCGUACGUGUUGUGAAGGCGAGGAACCUGCCUUCGCGCGUCUGCGGCUCCAUUAACUGCUGUGAUCCUUUCGUCAGAAUAUAUUUAAUGCCUGAUGAGAGGCGCUACCUCCAAACCAAAUGCAAGAAAAAGACUUGUAAUCCAAUUUUCGAUGAAAGCUACGUGUUCCAGAUCCCGGCAAAGGCACUAGAGGAGCGAACGCUCAAGCUAACCGUGUACGACAAUGACCGGGGCAAAAGACACAACGUCAUAGGCCACGUGGUGUUCCCGUUGAGAGAGCUCGACAUCACGUCCAGCGAAGCGGUACUGACGUGGCGGGACCUGGAGACUGAACUGGACGUGAGUCAACCGGGACAAGGGGAGCUGCUGGUGAGCCUCAGCUACAACGGGAAUAUGGAGAGACUGACAGUAACAGUUUUCGAAGCACGAAGUGUGAGGCCGCCUCCCGAGGCUCCUUCGCAACCACCAGAUACUUUGGUGAAGGUCAGUUUCCUCUUGGACAAUAAGACAGCCAAAACCAAGAAGACAGCCGUGGUCAAACGAACAUGCGACCCAAAAUAUAUGGAAUCCUUCGCGUUCCGCGUCCCUACCUCAUCUCUGGAUGCCGCCAGUGUCGUUCUCAAGCUCAACUGCGCGGGACAGACGAACAAAGGUGAUAAAUGCUUGGGCCGAGUAGUGCUGGGAGGCUUCAUGUUCGCCCGAGGAAAAGCGCAACAUCAUUGGAACCAGGCCGUGUCUCAGGCACCGAAGCAAGUUCACCAAUGGCACAAGUUGACCUGAGUCAGUCAUCAGCGAUGAAAACUCCGACCGCUAAACGGCGCAAUAGAAAAGCUUCACGUCGCAAUAGUACAGUAAUGAAGACACCAACGUGGCACUGCGUACUAAACAUAUUUGGCAAACGCAUCUCAAACGUUAAAAGAACAAUGAAUUUCGUGGAACGAUAUGAGACACCACUAUAUGCUAUCAGGAGUCCUGUGCACGUGGUCACCACCUGGUGAGAAAAUGGUCAUCUCCGUGUAUGUACCCUUCCCUAACUUCUUGUGGCUGUCCUGGUGACGUAC